GGUGAGACAGGGCCCAAUGAGAAGACAGUGAGUUGGGACAAGUGCAGCACUGCUGGGCUAGUGGAGUGAAACGUGUUCCCCUCUCAAUAUAUCUCAUAGCAGCACUACAUUCCCCUUGGGGGAGACUUUGUGUUCAGUCCCAAUGGGUUUCGAGGUCCUACUGGAGCAUGUUGGAGUCCUAGGAAGAUUCCAGAUCCUUCAGCUACUUUGUUUUUUUAUCAUUAUUCUUAUAGCAUAUCCCCACGUUCUAUUAGAGAACUUCACGGCAGCCGUGCCUGAGCACCGCUGCUGGGUGCGCAUCCUCGACAAUGGCACACUCUCUGACAAUGGCACUGGGCUCCUCAGCCAGGAGGACCUCCUGAGAAUCUCCAUCCCACUCGACUCCAACCUCAGGCCAGAGAAGUGCCGGCGCUUUGUCCAUCCCCAAUGGCAGCUCCUCCACCUGAACAGCACCUUCUGGAACCUGAGUGAGGCAGAAACAGAGCCCUGUGUGGACGGCUGGGUGUAUGACAAAAGCUACUUCCAUUCCACUAUUGUCACUGAGUGGGACCUAGUAUGUGAGUACCAGUCAUCCAAAUCUAUAGUUCAAGUAGUAUUUAUGAUUGGGUCACUGCUGGGAGGUCUGAUAUUUGGCCAUCUUUCAGACAGGUUUGGGCGGAAAACCAUCUUCAGGUGGUGUUUAUUCCAAAUGGCCAUCGGUGACACCUGUGCAGCCUUUGCUCCCACCUUCCUUGUUUACUGUUCCCUGCGAUUCUUAGCUGGGUUAUCUGUCGUGCCUAUUUUAGCAAACUCUUCUUAUCUCAUUAUAGAGUGGACAAGACCUCAAUCCCAAGCUAUGGUAGCAAUGUUGACUUCCUACAGUACUGGGCAGAUGCUCCUGGGAGGACUGGCUUUUUUCUUUCGCAGCUGGAUCACACUGCAGCUGAUAUUAUCCAUACCUCUGUUGGUCUGCUGCGUGUUAUCAAGGAUGCUGGUAGAGUCUGCUCGGUGGCUGGUUUUCAGCAAUCAGCUAGAAAAGGGCUUAGAGGAACUUAGAAGAGUUGCACGUAUAAAUGGAAAGAAAAAUGCUGAGGAGACCCUGAGCAUUGAGUUUGUGAAAUCCAACCUACAGGAGGAGUUUGAGGACGCCAAGGCAAAAAUAUCCAUUUUUCAGUUGCUCCAUGCACCCAGGCUGUGUAUGAGAAGCUGCUGCCUGAGUUUUAUCAG